AUGUUACCUAUUUUAAGACAUAUUUCUAUCUGUAUUUCAUUUACUAUAGCAGUUUUGCUUACUAAUGAUAAUAUUUUUAACAUUGAAGAGGAUAUUUAUAUAGAUAUUAGUAAUAAUAAGAUUGAUAAUAUACUUAAAUUUAUGCUAGAUGCAACUGAUGGUGUUGGCCAAGAAUGGAAUGUUAUAGAUAAUAACUUAGAGGUGUUGAAGACAGAAAAAGUGAAGACCAAUCAUUUUCAA